GUCCGCUCAGAAAGCGGCGAACCCCUAUGGACAAAGACGCUUGUUACCGAUCCCUCGGUGAUUAACGCAUAUGUUCGUCAUAGACAAUUGAUUGAAGAGCAAGCGAUGAGUGCCGAGCUAUUGGAACCAACCAACGAUGAAGAAAAGAAUAAAAGAUUGAAAAAAAGAAUUCAAGAUCAACUGGCGAAGUUGCGUCGAAAUCAAGAAAGGCGUCAGCAGCGCAAAACUGCCCGCGAGGCAGCCAAGGCUGCCGCGACUGCCGAAAAUACACCCACACCUUUCUUAAAGGAUAAAAAGACAGAAACUUCGAGACGUUGCGGCAACUGUGGACAAACUGGUCAUAUGAAAACAAAUAAGAAAUGUCCACGAUAUGGCCUAAACUCUGUUAUGGAUGUGCCUUCAAGUCCUGCAGCUGGACCAUCGACCUCCUCGGCGAAUACACAAGAUACGUCCCUUAUCGUUAAGGUAGGGGGUAACAAGAUUUCGAUAAUCACAAAGCCUGCGGUCGAAAAAGCAUCUAGCAAAAACUCAAGGUCUUCGAGUGAAUCCUCGAAACACAAGCGUCAUGCUCCCGAUGUGGAUUCUACAGGCGAUAGGAAACGCAAACGAACUUUUUCAUUGGUUAAUGUAAUCGCGGAAAUAUUAAAAAAACUGUGGGAAACGGAAUCGGCACAACCUUUUCAUCAACCCGUCACCGAUCAACUGGCACCUGACUACAAAGAUAUCAUAAAGAAUCCCAUCGAUUUGUCAACUAUUGAAAAGAAAAAUUCUGCCGGUGCUUAUAACUCUAUCGAUGAUUUUAUGGACGACGUUAAACUAAUGGUUGAAAAUUGUAAGAUUUAUAAUGGAGUUGCUAGUCCUUACACUUCGUGUGCAUAUGAAGUAUUGGAGAAAGCAAAAAGUCUAGUCCAGGCGACUG